AUGGACUUGCCACUCAAGAAGAGUAUAACAAAGGCAUUCCAACUCUCUGGACUCAGCAUCAAGAAUGACGCAAUGAAGCUGUUGGGUGAGCUCAAUGACAACAGAGACAAGGUACUAGAGUUGGUCACCAUCAUCAUUGACAACAUAGACAAGUCAACAUUGAAUGGCAACUUUGUGGACAGGGCAUCAGUGGAGCGAUGUUUGGCAGAGAUCAAGACACAUACGGAUAUAAAUGCAAUGGAGACAGAGGUGCUAAAGGUGAUAGGGGCAUUCGAUUGCCCUUUGGUAGUGUACGAUAAUAACAAGAAGCAGUAUGUUGCACAUGCAGACAGCGCGACGGCAUCACACGCCACACACUCGCUGCACGCCGACGCACUGGCCAAAGCCAGCCUCUACAGACGCCGUUACAUCAACGUGCUGCAGCGUGUAGAGCGCCAUCAGUUCUUCUCGCCGCCAGUCCUCCCCAAUGAAAAGUUCACGCGCGAGCACAAGUCCAUCAUCACGCUCAACUCGCUCCUGGGCAAUCCCGGGCCCAAAUACGUGCUGGGCACCAUCUCACAGAUCACCGAGGGCAGGUACUACUUGGAGGACCUCACCACCAAUGUGCCACUGGACAUUAGCAACGCGCUCGUCUCGAGCAUGCUUACAGAGAACUCGAUCGUGCAGGCGUACGGCGAGCUGGUCGACGGCGUGUUUGUGGCGCAGGAGAUCCUGCUGCCGGUGGUCGAGGAUCGCCAGGAGUCGCUGCGGUUCCUCAAGGGCCUGGACGCAUUUGGCCAGCGUCCCAACGAGAAGCUGGCCGCCAGCCUUCUCGAGUACGAGCAGGCGAUGGAGACCAACGCGCUGGUGUUCAUGUCGGACGUGUGGCUCGACUCGCCACUCGUCAUGAGCAAGCUCAACGUCAUGUUCUUUGGCCUAAAGGACAUCCCACCCUUUGCCUUCAUCCUCAUGGGCAACUUUACCGAGCAGCCACUAAUUGGCGGCAAACAAUAUCGUCUAAAGACUUACUUUGACCAACUGGCAGCACUCAUUCAGCGAUAUCCAAACAUCCUAGCCAAGAGCAAGUUUAUCUUUGUUCCAGGACCAACUGAUCCAGCAGGAUCAUUGAUCAAUAUACUUCCAAAGUUCCCAAUACCUGAUGUGUUUGUAAAGGGAUUCAAGUCCAAGGUAGCCAACAGCGUGUUUACAACAAACCCUUGUAGAAUACGUUACUGCACACAAGAGAUCAUCGUCUUCCGUGAGGACAUUGUAAAUAAAGUGCGAAGACACUGUAUAAAGGAGCCAGCCGACCAGAUGGACAUAACCCAACAUGUAUUGGAAUCAAUAUGCAAGAAUGCUCACCUUUGUAACCUGCCAUUGGAGAUUAGACCGAUAUAUUGGAAUUAUGAUCAUGCACUGUCGUUGUAUCCACUGCCAGACGUGUUGGUACUGGGCGACAAGUUCAAUCAGUACGAGCACAACUAUGAGGGCACCUACUGCUUCAACCCCAGCUCAUUCUCGACAGACUUCUCAUUCUCGCAUUACCUGCCGGCGAAACGUGCACUCGAGUUUUGCACGGUACCUGACAAGGUCGAGGACAUUGAGUUUGAGACACAAGACGACGAGGACACGCUCAUGUCUGUGGAUGGAGAUGGCGCCGAGGUUGUCGAGCCACAUGCCGAUCCAGUCUCUGACAACGAGGUCGAUGUAUCAAUGGAACAAGAGGCAGAGGAUGACCGAGUGAACUCAAUAUCAGCAGCACAACCAUAUGACGAUGAUAAUAACGAUGAUGAUAAUGAUAAUGAUGACGACCAAGUUCAAGAUCAAGAUCAAGACGAGGAGCAAAGCAGCGCAGACGAAGAUGAGGAUGUGGAGGAUGUGGAAGAAGUGGCGGAUGUGGAGGAUGUGGAAGGUGCUGAUAUUGAAGGCGAGGUUGAUGAUGACGAGUAUGUUCCGUACCAGUCCCCAGACUUGGAAGAUGGGGAUGAGGACGAGGAUGAAGAUGGAGAUGAAGCAGCCGAAGGCGACCAAGAAGAUGAGGUAGCUGAAUGA